UCCCAGGAGCUGACAGAGAGAGAGAGAGAGAAGAGAAACUCGGUCCUAUUGCUCCUGCCCAGUCUGGCAUUCUGCACCCACCCCUUUCUCAGACACAGCCAGCACUUAACACCAACACAGCCCCACACACACACACUUUGCCUUUUUCUAUAAUCAAAAAAAUCCAUUAUAGGGGGGGGGGGGCAAGGCAAACAAAAACACAAAUAUAACGCUAGUCCUUUGGAUUCGUUGCAUUGCAAAAGGAAAAAUACCAGUGAGGAUCCUACAGCUGCUGUGGAAGAUUUAUUUUAAAAGCUAGCAGCAAGAACAGCGAAGGCAUGCUGGAUUUUAAAGGGAUUUAUCACCUUAUCGUUAUAGGUGCGGUGCUGUCAACUUUCUGCAUUCAGGCGGCGUUUGCAGCGGGUUAUUUCCAGAUCAGGUUUAACUCGGUGCAGAACGUGAACGGCGAGUUGGAGAAUGGAGAUUGUUGUGAUCGCCCUCGGAAUCCUCUGGACCGAAAAUGCACCAGGGACGAGUGUGAUACCUAUUUUAAAAUCUGCCUGAAGGAGUACCAAGCCCGCAUUAUCACCUCAGGAACCUGCUCUUUCGGCAGUGGGUCAACCCCUGUUCUGGGGAAAAAUACCUUCACUCUCCCGGAUAAAAACACAGCAGGGAACAUCAAUAUCCCCUUUUACUUUGCUUGGCCGAGGUCAUACACGUUAAUAGUGGAAGCGUGGGACCAAGAUAAUGCUACAGCUGAUGAAGGGCAACUGAUUGAGCGAGCUUCUCACACAGGAAUGAUCAACCCAGGGGCCCAGUGGAUGACCCUGCAGUACAAUGGGGCCGUGGCUCACUUUGAGUACAGGAUCCGUGUGAAGUGUGAGGAGUAUUAUUAUGGCACAGCCUGCAACAAGUUCUGCCGGCCUCGCGAUGAUGUCUUUGGCCACUUUGUUUGCGAUCAGAACGGGAACAAACUCUGUAUGGAAGGCUGGAUGGGGAGUGACUGUACUAAAGCUAUUUGCAAGCAGGGCUGCCAUUCGAUCCACGGAGGGUGUAAAGCUCCUGGAGAAUGCACCUGCCUGUAUGGAUGGCAAGGGCAGUUCUGUGAUGAGUGUAUCCCAUACCCAGGAUGCGUCCAUGGGACAUGUGUGGAGCCGUGGCAGUGUAACUGUGAAACCAACUGGGGAGGGCUGCUGUGUAACAAAGACUUGAAUUACUGUGGGACACACCAUCCCUGUAUGAAUGGAGGGACCUGUAUGAACACAGAGCCUGAUGAAUACCAGUGUCUUUGUCCCGAAGGGUUUUCUGGCAAGACGUGUUAUAAUGCUGACCACGCUUGUGUGUCUAACCCAUGUGUGAACGGGGGGAUCUGCCACGAGGUCCCGUCUGGUUUUGAGUGCCUUUGUGCUUCGGGUUGGAAUGGAACAACGUGUGAAAUGGAUAUAAAUGAAUGUGACUCGAGCCCUUGUGCACACGGUGGGACUUGUGUUAAUCGUGUCGAUGGAUUUGAGUGCAUCUGCCCUCAGCAGUGGAUUGGGAAAACUUGCCAGCUGGAUGCUAAUGAAUGUGAGAUGGAGCCUUGCGUAAAUGCUUAUUCUUGCAGAAACUUGAUUGGUGGAUAUUACUGUGACUGCUUCCUAGGAUGGUCUGGACAAAAAUGUGACACCCAUGUUGAUAGCUGCCAUGGACAGUGCCAGAAUGGAGGGACGUGCAAGCGCGACCGUGUGUAUGGCUACCAAUGCAUCUGCCCGCGUGGAAUUGUCGGCAGAAAUUGUGAAUUCAAAAUGAACGAGUGUGCGAGCAAGCCCUGUUUGAAUGGAGGCCGAUGUCAGGACUUGAUCGGUGGGUUCCGCUGUCACUGUGAUCAGGGUUACUCAGGAAGCGUAUGUGAGAGAAAAGUCAAUUAUUGUGAUCCGAACCCGUGUCAGAAUGAAGCAAGAUGUUACGUACUUGGUGAAGAUUAUUACUGUGCAUGUCCCGAGGACUACGAGGGGAAGAAUUGCUCUUUUCUGAAGGACCACUGCAGAUCUGCACCUUGCCAAGUGAUCGACAGCUGUACUGUAGCAGUCUCCAGCAAUACCAGCCAGGAUGGUAUUCGCCUCAUCUCGUCUAAUGUCUGUGGUCCCCAUGGCAAGUGCAUCAGCCAGCCCACUGGGAAUUUUACCUGUACCUGUGACCGAGGGUUCACCGGAAUGUACUGCCAUGAAAAUAUCAAUGACUGCACGUUGAAUCAGUGUGAAAACGGAGGCACAUGUAUUGAUGGGAUCGAUUCCUUCCAUUGUAUUUGCCCCGAUGGAUGGGAAGGAGAACUGUGUGAAAUAGACUUCAACGAUUGCAGCCCCAAUCCCUGCCUUAACAGUGGCCGAUGUGUGGAUGGAGUCAAUGAUUUCCACUGUGAAUGUAGAAAUAACUGGAAAGGAAAGACCUGCCACUCCAGAGAGAAUCAAUGCGAUGAAAGUACCUGCAGUAAUGGUGGUACAUGCCACGAUGUGGGAGAUACCUUUCGGUGUGCGUGUUCCCCAGAGUGGGGUGGCAGUACCUGCAAUCUUGCCAAGAACAGUAGUUGCCUCCCGAACCCGUGCAGGAACGGAGGGACAUGUGUGGGAAGUGGUGAUACCUUUUCCUGUGUGUGUAAGGAAGGCUGGGAAGGUCCAACCUGCAAUCAGAACAAGAAUGACUGCAGUCCUCACCCAUGCUACAAUGGAGGGAUCUGCGUGGAUGGUGUGAAUUGGUUUCGGUGUGAGUGUGCAGCAGGUUUCGCUGGACCAGACUGUCGAAUCAACAUUGAUGAAUGCCAGUCGUCCCCUUGUGCUUAUGGAGCCACUUGUGUGGAUGAGAUUAAUGGGUACAGGUGCAUCUGCCCCCCUGGAAGAGCAGGCCACAGAUGCCAAGAAGUGAUUGGCUUCGGGAAGUCGUGCUUUAUGUCAGGACAGAACUAUCCACAUGGAAUCCGAUGGGAACAGGAGUGUAACACCUGUCAGUGCCUGAAUGGUAACAUCAAUUGCACGAAGGUAUGGUGCGGCCAGAAGUCUUGCUUGUUGCACAAAAGACCCGGCCACGAGAACUUCAUGUGCCCAGAGAGCCAGCAGUGCCAGGCUAGCCCGUGGGUCAAGUGCUUCUCCCCACCCUGCACUGACUGGGGAGAGUGUAACGCCCUAAAUGCUGCUCCUGUCGACUCUAAAUGCCAACCGAACACAGGCCAACUGGACAACAACUGUGCAAAGAUCACACUCAUCUUUAAUAAGGAGAAGAUUCCAAAGGGCAUCACUGUGGAGUACAUCUGCUCGGAACUGAGGUAUUUACCCGUCCUGCGGAGCCUCUCCAAGGAGCGAACCCUGUUUGUGUUCUGUGACCUGGCUAACACCUCCGACAGUGCAGUGGAAGUGGCCAUUUCAUUUACCCAUCAUGGUGAGGACCAGGAUGGGAUCCUCAUUCGGGAUGCAGUCACGAAGAUUGUUGACAACAUGACCAAGCAACAGAACAGCACCAUGAUGCUCGCCGUUGUCGAGGUGAAAAUAGAGACAGCUUAUGUUCCUUCAUCACAGCCAGUGUAUCUGGUUCCGGUGCUCAGUGUGGCGUUCGGAAUGGUGUGGCUGGUUUGUAUCAUCAUCUGCGUGUGGUGGACCCGAAAACGGAGAAAAGAGAGAGAGAGAAGCCGGCCUUCCAUGGAGGACAUGGUGAACAAUCAAUGGGAGCCCCUGAACCCCAUCAGGAACCCCAUUGACAAACCCUGCAGUAACAAAGACAUUCAGUAUGAAUGCAAAAAUGUAAUGGCUCCUUGCAGCCAGACUCUAAUGGCAAGAGAGGAGGUGGAGGAAGAGUUGGGCAUGCAAAAGUGCCCUCCCCAAAGAUGUACAAUUACAUUCUUGCCAGCAAAAAGCAACGCUAGAUCUUCACAGUUUACUCCAGUCAAGCAGCUGCAUCGAACUGGGAAAAGGGAGAACUGUUGCCUAAAAAAUGUGAACAGUUCAAACUGUGAAGGAGGAGUUCCAAGCCACCCCAAAUCGAAAGCUGGGAUUUCUUUUUUCUCCUUUACAGCAACAGAAAACGAAUAUUUGGGUGCUGACCUAUGUCCAAAUCUCUCUCCUCCGAUGCAGUCUGUUUUCAAUUCUCAGAGUUGAGUACUAAGGCUAAACAGAUGGUUUUGAUAUUUGUGACCAGUGGAAUUGUGUGCUCAGGCAAGACCUUUUCAGACCUGUUCAGUUACAUCUUAGGGCGAAACUAAAUGGGCCCUACAUGUCAAGUGUUUCCCCAGCCACACUCUUACCCUAGUUCCCACUUACAGUUGUUGCACAGUGUAUAAUUUUGGCCUUCGAAUGUUUGGAGCGCAUUUUACAGCAACACCGGUACUCAGGAUUUUACUGUCUCCUCGGGUGGGGUGUUAAAAUCUAUUAUGCUGAAGGAGGGAAUAUAUUUCUGCUUUGAGCAGAGGAAAGAAUGAAGGGAACAAUUUAUUCAUUUCAUGUAUUUUAGUUUUCUCUUUUUUAAAAAUAAAACAACUUUUUGCUUUGUUCCAGCACAGAAACGAAUGGGUGAUAUGCUCUGCCCUGUGAUAAAUUACCCUGAUAGAGAAAAAGAUGGUUUUAAUUCAAAACAAGGAAACAAAAAUUAUGUAGCGUUAUAUUCUUUUGGUUUAUGCUGUGGACUUAGUUGUAUAUUUAUUGGGGUUAAAUCCGAACCAUCAUUCCCCCAACACAAGUGCCCACAAUCUUCAUCAGAUUUAACUGCUGCAGAGUUUAUAUAUAUUUAUAUACAUAUGUGUGUGUAUAUAUAAAUAUAUAUAUAUAUAUAUAUAUAUAUAUAUAUAAAAUAUAUAUUUGGCUAUGGAUUCAUUUUGAUACUAAAUACUUUAUGGGCCAACUGUGAUAUUUUCUUUCUGAAUUAUGGAUGAGAGCUUUUGUUUUCUGAAUCACCUUGCAUGUUUAUUGAUGUCAACCACUCAGCAGGAGACUGGAAAAAAGUCCUGUCUGAUGGAAUGGGGUGAAAAUUAAAAAAAAAUGCAGGCUGGCUGAUUUAAAAAGGAAGUGACAUGAACAAUUUCUCGAAAUAAAGUUGUAAUUUUUUUUUGUGAAAGGAUGCUUGCGUUGCCUUGCAAAAGUCCUGUGUUCAUUUAGAGCAUUUUGUUUGACAUGUUCUUAGAGAUAACUUUCAAAAAAAAACUAUUUAU